AUGAAUAGCGAAAACUUGGAAUCGCCGAUGGCAGAAUCUUACAGUAGAACGGAGUUCUCAACGAGCGACUUGGCAGUGAAUGACCAGGAGCAUGGCGACACGCAAAGAAGCUUACAACAGGCAUCCAUGGCACUGGAGAUGGCUUAUGAUAGGAUUCGUCAAGUCCGACGUAAUUUGAGGGAGCUCUCUGAUUCGCUUCCGAGUACAGAGAGCAUCCCGCGAUUCUCUGGUCGAAACUUCAAUGAAAUAGAACCUGGUCAUGACGCUCUUCUGCUAGCAGGAGGCUCCUCGCAGUCAGGAAAUGAACUAUCCAUGGAACAACAUCCGAGCACGAAUCACAUACUACCUCAGAUACCACCCGUAGCUAACCAUUCCGACGUCGAUCCUCCUACAUCUGGUGAUGUUCAAGACGCUAAUGUUCAAGAAGGCUUGUUGGACCUUAACGACUCCAUCUAUCUCCAGCCUUUUUCUACUCCCAACACUCUGCAUACCCAUUCUCGACGAGAACUUUCUAACGACAUGCAAUUUCUUUCAAGGCGAUGGAUCGACUACGACGCGGGUACAACUCUUCGAGGUCUACGCGUAGCGGCGAGAGAGGCACGAGGUCAUCAGACUCGACUACACAAUGCAGACUCUGCAGAAAUCAACAACAUCCGAAGGGAUGCACCCCACCCUGCCGUAGAAUCUUUUACUGGUACAAGUCAUCGUGUGGAGAGACAUGGUCACUUGACUGGGAUCUUUGACACACUUGGCGGUCGAGUGGUCAAUCAUCCUUCCUCGCCAGUGGCUCCUCCAAACUGGCGGAGCUCUGAUCGCAGGUGGCGAAUGCGUCCUGAGGUGCGUGUGAGUGACCGGUCUCUCCAAGACCGCACUGCAGAUCGGUUCCACACAGUGCUUAAUCCGCCUCAUUCGAACGGUCCGAGAAAUGUUUUGCGGUUGCCUGUUGGCACAGAAUCGCGACCAAUGGAUUCUCCCUUGACGAAUGGACAGGAUCGUCGCAUUUUAGAGCGGACACAGUCUGACGCCCGUGAUUCCUUUAUAGACUGGUCUGACGAACACUUUCUAUCGACAUUAUUUUUUGGACAAGAAGGAGAUUCGGAGCAGUCACACGAGUCCCAACGAAUUACUUCUCAGUCAACCCCACUGGAAACAAUUAGGAUCACGCAAACUACUAAUCCCGCAGUCAAUCCUCCAGAGCGGUCAUUUCCUCGACGAGGAUGGGCCCGACUUGAUGCGGAUGGUAACGAAAUCUCGCCUGAUGAGGAAGAAGAACUUGAGCGGUCCCGAACAGCAUACCGAAUUCAGGCUUUACAGAGAUCCAGAAUGAAUCCUCUACAAGAUAAUGUAGACAAUGACCACAUUGGACCUAUCGGUCAAAACCAUAUGAAUCAACGCAGUGUGUAUGGAAGUGUAUUAGAUUCAACCAUGAGGAUUCAAGGCGGAAACCUACGUGCCCGCAAUUCCCAAGGCGGUGAUAUGGCGCCAUUAUAUAUCGACCCCUUACCAAUGCCUUUGGUAUCGAUGAACUCCACGAAAACCGAGGGCAUACGUCCUGAUAUAUUUGUUCCCAAACAUGCCUGUCUGGCAGGGCGGUGA